AUGGCUCCCAAAGCCCUCAAAGGACCUACCUUCGAUCCUGAGAAGCAUCUCAAUUACCAGCCGCCCAGCAAGAUCUGGACCAUGAAGGAGAUUGGGUUUGCUGAGAAGGGAGUGUCACCCAAUGCCGUAUCAGAGCCUUUCCCCCUUUUCACUGAAGAGGCUAUUCAGCAGAUGAGAGCUGAGGUUCUCAGCAAGCCAGUUUGGGACAACUGCAAGUACUCCAGCGAACUUGCCCACUGCCAGCUCCGAGGAUUUGCUCCCGAAUAUGCACCAUUCGUGUACGAUGCCUGGCGAAGCCCUGCGGUCCUCUCAAUUGUGUCCAAGAUCGCUGGUGUCGAGCUUGUCCCUGCCAUGGACCUUGAAAUUGCUCAUAUUAACAUCUCGGGCAACACCCAGGAACAAAUCGAAGCAGUCAAGCAGGCGUUAGAAGAGAAGUCUCAUCGAGAAGCAGACGAAGGCGUUUCUGGGUGUCCCUAUGAAGACGAUCAGCCCAUAGUCGACUGGCACACCGACAGCUAUCCUUUUGUUUGUGUUACCAUGCUCAGUGACUGCGCCAACAUGAUUGGUGGUGAGACAGCAUUGAGAACGGGCACUGGACAGAUCAUGAAAGUCCGUGGUCCUGCGAUGGGUAAUGCCAUCGUCCUUCAAGGUCGAUACAUCGAGCACCAAGCUCUGCGUGCUCUGGGAACCACGGAACGCAUCUCGAUGGUGACCUCAUUCCGGCCCAAGUCGGCAUUCAUCAAGGACGACACUGUGCUGACCACCGUGCGUCCCAUCUCAGAUCUCAGGGAGCUGUACUCGCAGUAUGCUGAAUACCGGUUUGAGAUGCUUGAGGAGCGCGUUCGAGCACACUUGAAGGAGAUCAGGGAGGGCAAGCGAGCUCGUCGCUUCGACACCAAGGCCACCAAGGCAUUCAUUAAGGAACAGAGGAGCUUUCUGGACUCGAUGCUGCAUGAGCUUGUUGAUGACGAAAUGGUCACUGCCGGUAUCUUGGACAGUGAAAGCCACUUGUUCAGCGAUGAGUUGAUUGUGAAAUAUCGCAAGAAACCCAGGCUGUAA